AGUUUACAACACAGUGCAGACGUCAUCGGUUUAGUAAGAGAAAAUGGCAUCUGGACCUUCUAAAUCAGAUAUUCAAGCUGUAUUCAAAAGAUUAAAAAGUAUUGGUUCUAAUAAAGUAAGUAUUGAUAUUUAUCACAAUUAAAAUUUUAAAAAUUCAAGAAAAUUCAUUAUACAAACCGUACAAUCUCCACCACAUCUUUUAUUGACAGUAAACACAUGUGUUAUCAAAGAAGAUAUUUGCAAAAAAAUUUAUUAACAAAGUACCUUUAUAAGUAUCUUGUUAUAUCCAAGAACUAGGAAAAAUCAUAUCAAAUAUUAUAAACUAAACUCAGUUGAUGGCAAUAAGAAUUUCCUUCAGAAGAUUCAUUUGUUUUAUAAAAAAAAUUGUUCGCAAUACAAACCUUAUUACUUUCAGCAAUGCUUUGAUUGUGGUGCAAAUAACCCAACAUGGGCAAGUGUGACAUAUGGAGUAUUUUUGUGUAUAGACUGUUCUGCUGUACAUAGAGGUCUUGGAGUUCACCUUACAUUUAUUCGCUCCACAAACUUGGACACUUCAUGGACUUGGCAACAGCUUCGAGCAAUGCAAUGUGGUGGAAAUGCAAAUGCUUCUGAAUUUUUCCGGAAACAUGGUUGUAGUACAUCAGAUGCUCAAGUGAAGUACAACCACAGGGCUGCUACCUUAUACAAAAAUAAAUUACAAGCUGACUCGGUUAAAGCGAUGAAACUGUAUGGAACGGAUUUACAUAUUGAACACCAGGCUCACGUGCAAUCGCCCGUUCAGAAAGACGUUGAUUUCUUCCAGGAGCAUGACAGCGAGGCAGUUAAUUUGGCAUCACAUACUUUAGAAAGAGAAAUGACUCAACCAAUACCUGUUAAGAAUGGUAACAAUGAAAAUGGUCCGGCGCCUGAUGUCUCUGCUGCUCUAAGCAUUUCGCCAACAGAAGCAGCUCAGAAAGUAGAAGUAAGAAAGUCAACAAUAGGCACUAGGAAGCCAGUUGCAAAUAAGAAAGCUUUAGGAGUUAAGAAAGGCGGUUUAGGUGCACAAAAAGUAAAAACUAACUUUAAUCAAUUAGAAGCGGAAGCUACCGCCAGAGAUAAACAAAAGCAAUUAGACGCCGUUGCAUAUGCCCAACAAGCUGCAAUUUCCAAAGAGGAAGAAGAGAAAAGAAUGGCUCAGGCGAGGUUGGCCUAUCAAGAUUUAGGUGCAAAUCAGAAAGAAAAGGAAUCUAAAGCUCUGAAAAAUAUGGAUUCCAAAAAAGCUGCACAAGCUGAAAGGCUAGGAAUGGGUCUAGGUUCCACUUCAGCUUCGAGAAAUGUUAGUCAUUCAGCAUUCAGUGAUAUGCAUUCUAUUCAACAAGAACUGCCAAGUUCUUCGGUACGCUCCAAGUACAGCCGAGACCUGGACGAUGAACUCGAUUCAAAAUUCGGCUUUACUGGUUAUCACUCUCGCACUUUAGAUGACUCUGUCAAAGGAUCCUCUUGGGAUACACCUGCAGACCGUUUUGAAUCUAAGACUUCAUCACAUUUUGACUCAGACUUCAAGUCAGAUUACAAAUCAGAUUUCAUUCCAUCUAUGAAAGAUAGCGAUGAUAAAGGACGUUCUAGAAAGGGAAUUUCGUCGAGUUUUGAAUCAUCUGCAUCGGAGAACGCGCAAAAGAAAUUUGGAAAUGCGAAAUCUAUUAGCUCAGCUCAAUUUUUUGGUAAUGAAGGACUCGAUUUUGAAACAAAACAAAGUCUUAGCCGAUUCGAAGGAAGUAAUGCUAUAUCUAGUGCCGACUUUUUCGGUGAAAAAGAAACCAGGCGAGAUUCUCCUUCAGGUCCCGACUUGGCUGAUGUUAAAGAGAGCCUUAAACAGUCUGUUACUAAUGUUGCUGGAAAAUUAUCAACUCUUGCUAAUGGAGUGAUGAAUUCUUUUCAGAAAAGAUAAACAGGAAAGGAAAAGAUGGUAAGAUAUAUCUGUCGCUUAUGAUUUUUCUUAUUUUUUCAAUUAUUUUGUUUAACACCUAAAUGCUCUUGGUCGGUUAUAGAUUUAAAUACUCUUUCUUGAUGUUUAUCCCAAACAUAAUAAAACAAACUAAAUCAAUAAUAAUACCUAACUGUUAUUUUCUUUGGGAAUAUCUUGUUAAUGCCUGAAUAAUUUUAGGGUAAAAAGGCUUUUUUAUUGUACCAGACGUUCUCUCUUUUCAUGUAGUUUAUAUCACUGUUAACUAAACUCAAAUGAAAAUCAAUAAAUAAUUUACAUCUCUUCAAGUUGUUAUUUAUAUAUUUUUAUGAGAUAUUAGUAAAUGUAGAGGAGAGAUGUUAUAAUUUUACGAAUAUUUAUUGAUUUUACAAAGAUAUAUCAGCCUGAAAAACUAUAACUAACAGUUUCCUUAUUUCCUACAGGAUUACUAUUAAAAUAAACGAGGAAAUACAUUGUUAUAAUUUAAAAAAAUAUGUGAUAUCAACUUCAUUUUGGCGGAAAGAAAAAAUAAAAGGAAUUGCAACAUCAAUGAAAGAAUAAUUCGCCUUUAUUAUGCCUCUUUCAAACUUUUAGGAUAAUAUGUUUCGCUUAUGACACAAAAAUAAUAUAGAUAUAUACAGCAUAUAUAUAUAUUUAAAUAUAUGAAGUGAAUGUAUAGUAUAUAUUUAUAUUUUUUCAUUAAUUUUCCCUGGUUAUAACUGGCGAAUGUUAAUCAGAGAGUUUAUUU